AAGAUCAAACCAAAAUGGAAUACUCUAACACCGAAAAGUUUGAAAAUCCGCGUGUCUAGUUGCUCCAGCUUCGUCAUAUCAUAAUAGUUGCUCCAGCUUCGUCAAAAAAUAUUGUGGCCAACCUAAACUUGGAACACAGAAAAAUUGAUGCUUCUACUCUGAUAACAAUAUUUCCUAAUUUCUUAUCAGCCGAUUUUGUCAUUCUCACUUUUUUCAUCUUUGGUUUUACGAAACCAACAAAUAGUCAGCUUUCCACAAAAAAGUUUAAUGUAAAGGAAAAUGGUAAAGCUGAAAUCUAUCAAAAAGCUAUUUUCUUCAUCGAAACCGGCUUCAUCGCAUACAGCAACAUUUUCUGAAUUGCCAACUGAAGUUGUCGACGAAGUUUUGAGAAAGCUUGGACCAAUUGAUAGAAUAAUCGCCAGAAAAGUGUCUCGAAAAUUCCGUGCAAUAAUUGAGGCAACCUGUCGCUUCAAGGAAAUCAAAAUUGAAAUUGCAAGUUUCUAUAACCCAACUGUCUCUUUUCAUCUGGAUGAUGCGUGUAUCACCUACGAAACAGUGGGCCAAAGUUGCAUUGUAAGCUUUGGAAAGAAAAGGAAGAAGGUUAAGAAACGAAAUUGUGUGGAUGUUAUGCUGGAUGAUCUCUCAUCACUAUUAAGAAAUCCGAAACUGAAUCUGGAAGUGUUCAAACUUCAAUUUUACAUUUUCGUAGAAGCAAACCACCGAGAGACUCUUGUAAACUCCCUUCCAGUAGUUCUAAAGUCUGCAGAGCCUCUGAAUGUCAGUGAGUUUCAAGUUAAAAGAGCACGAUUCGACGAGAUGGUGCCUAUUUUGGCAUGCUUCGAGGCGGGAAAACUUAGGAAAUUGAGUUUUCUGCAAAGCAUUGACCAAUAUGACUUGUUCGAAACUAUUGUUCAUUUGGAUCAAUGGAAAGAGGCAAAGGUUCUAGAAGCGUUGUUCUCAACGUAUUUGAUAGAUGUUGAGGAGCUCUUUCAUUUUGAGCAUUUUAAGAUUAAAACUGAUUCAUUUACCACGGAAGAUGCCAUACAGACCAGAGAUAUCCUCACAGUAUCUGCCCACUUCCAGUACGCUAAACUUUUCUUCCCGGAAAACCGAUCUACGGAGCUUGCAAGAGUGUUCGACCCGAAAUAUGAAGGCCCGUUGAGUGGAUCAAUCAAUUACCAAGCGUGUGAUGCAAAUUUUAUAAUUGAUUUUAGUCCACAUCACUUUGAGAUUAAGAAAAUUUUUCAUACUUAAAUUUUUUGUUCGGAAUCCCCCAAUGGAAAACUUUAAAUUAUUCUAAAAGGCCUUAAAAACUGGUAAAUAACAAAUAAAUGAAAUAUUUAUU